AUAAGUACACCAGGGCAUGUGUGUAUGUCCUUGUUCCUCUGUUUCUCUGCCUUGAAUUGUGGCAUAUCGUAGAAGAAGAAGAACAAACAAAACCAGAAAAACGAUAUUCAAGUAUCGGCGGCAGAAUUAACUUGCCGGGAAAUGGGGAAAGCUAGAGGAAUUAACAGCGGUGGAGGAGAGAGCUCUCUCGGUUACCUUUUUGGAUCCGGCAAGUCAGUUUCCAAACCGACCAAGCCCGCCGUUAACACCAGCUUUACCACCACCACAACAACACCAACUACCACCAACGGAGCUGGAGGCAGACUCACGACCACCACCACCACAAACACUAUCACCGGAGAUAAAAACAUGACGGAGGAGGAGAAGAAGAAGGAGAUGUCGGCAGGUGUAAGAGGAAGCCCUAAUAAUUACUUGAGAACAGAGGGACAAAACUGUGGUAACUUUCUCACGGUAAUAAUAAUACUUUUGAGUUUAUUAAUAAUUAGGAUAAAAAAUGUGGUCUUUAUUUUUUUUUGUGAGAAACAGGAUCGACCAUCGACGAAGGUUCAUGCUGCACCUGGUGGAGGAUCUUCUCUAGGUUACUUGUUUGGAUCUGGAUCUGGCAAAUGAUUUUACUUUCCACGACAAUCUGAAUCGUUAAAAAACAAGUGUAAAAAUUGUCAAUCUAUGGUUCCAAACUGGAAGCUUUCUCGAUUUAAGACGUCUCUAAAACAAUUUGAGUGUAAUGAACAAGAGUUUUCUCUUUACUGAAACUUCAUAGAUUCAUU